GCCGUUUUGUCAUGCCCACUGGCUGCGACUCCCCAGCUCUUCCGGUAUAGACUUCAAGGCGGAGUGACUGCUGUCCGGGGUGCUGAAACUGGGGGACUGGGAGCCAUGGACAGGCAGCGCGAGGGUUCGUUUAGCGGGGCAGUGUGUAACGGGGCUCUGGAGCGGAGGUCCACGGUGCUGGUGUCGGAGGUCCACGGGCAGCAGAUCCUGGGCGUGCUGAGGGGCUUCAGGGAGAGAAACCUCCUGUUUGACUUCAGCAUCCUGGUGAGGGGCGAGACUAUCCCCUGCCACCGCUGCGUGCUGGCUGCCUGCAGCGACUUCUUCAGGGCCAUGUUCGAGGUGAACAUGAGAGAGCGUGACGAUGGGAGCGUGACCAUGAGCCACCUGUCUCCUAAGGCCAUCCGGGCCUUCCUGGACUUUGCCUACUCUGGCGAAACGGAGAUCACGGAGGACAACGUGGACAUGUUCUUCCAGCUGUCCUCCUUCCUGCAGGUGUCCAUCCUCUCCAAGGCCUGCAGCGACUUCCUCAUCGAGACCCUGGACCUGUCCAACUGCCUGCCGCUGCUGGCCAUGGCGGAGGGCUACGGCUCCGCGCGGCUCCAGCAGCAAGCCAUGGAGUUCAUCGUGCACAACUUCCACAGCCUGGCCAAGACCUCCGACUUCCUGGAGAUGAGCGUCAGCGUCCUGGAGAAGUGCCUGGGGGCGGACCAGCUCAGCGUCCCGGACGAGGAGGCCGUGCUGAGGGCCCUGCUCCGGUGGGCCGAGCACGACCCCGAGGGCCGGAGGCGGCUCCUGGCCGGGCUCCUCCCGCUGGUCCGGCUGCACCAGCUGCCCCUGGCCGUGCUGGAGGAAGCGAGCCGGGCCCAGGGCCCGCUGUCCGGGGACAGGGACUGCGCCAAGGCGGUCACGGACGCUAUCGGCAACCUGCGCGAGUUCGCUGGCUUCUUCCUGGACGCCAGGCCCUCCACCACCGACUGCUACAUCUACGUGCACAAGACGGAGGAGAACGGGGAGAUCCACCACACCUUCUGCUACAACAUCGAGACGGACCGCUGGAGGGAGCUCCCGCAGGCCCUGGUCACGGACCCUCCCGGCUCCAGCCUGGUGGGGUUCGGGGAGAGCCUGUUCGUCACCGGGGGCUGCAGGGGGAACUGCUGCCGGGCGGUGCGGCUGCAUAUCGCCGAGCCCUUCCACGAUGCCACGGACGAGGCCUGGUGCUACUGCCCCGUGCGGGACAGCCUGACGCAGGUGCCGAAGAUGAAGAAGCCCCGCACCAUGCACACCUCGGUCACGGCCCUCCGCCGCAUCUACGUGAUCGGGGGCAAGACCAGGGGCCCCCGCAGCAUCCGCAGCCUGCUGGACGUGGAGUACUACGACCCCCUGUCCCGGGACUGGAGGUCCGUCAGCCCCCUGCCCAGGGGCAUCUACUACCCCGAAGCCAGUGCCUGCGACAGCAUGAUCUACACGCUAGGCUCGGAGGUGGAGAUCGCCGACGUCUUCAACCCCUCCCUGGACUGCUUCUUCCAGUACAACGCGGUGGCUGACCAGUGGUGCCAGCUGGUGGCGGAGUUCGGGCAGUUCUUCCACGCCACGCUCGUCAAGGCGGUGCCGGUCAACGACGUCCUGUACCUCUGCGACCUGUCCACGUACAAGGUGUACAGCUUCUGCCCGGAGACGUGCGUGUGGAAGGGCGAGGGGUCCUUCGAGUGCGCCGGCUUCAACGCGGGGGCCAUCGGCAUUUCCGACAAGAUCUACAUCCUGGGCGGGGACUACUCCCCGGAUGAAAUCACGGAUGAGGUGCAGGUGUAUCACAGCAAACGCUCCGAGUGGGAAGAGGUGUCCCCCAUGCCCCGGGCACUGACGGAGUUCCAUUGCCAGGUAAUGCGCUUCAACCGCGACAGGGACCCCUGGAGGUCUGACCAGUGAGGCUCAGUCAGAGGACCAAAGCUGUAUUGUAUCCCGCCACAUCAAUGCUAUGAAUGCCAAUGUAAUGUGUCUUACUAACUACGCCGAUAAUCUCGUUUUGACUCUUUCGUCUCGAUUCCAUAUCCCUAUUACUGAAUGCGAGCUAAGCUACCAUGAAGCAAACUUCCACUAAGAUUCGAUGACACAUGUUUGUACUUUAACUUUAUUUUAUUUAGCUGUCUUACAUAUCAGGCUUUGAUAACUGUUCCUCUUCAUAUAAUUUUUGAGGACAAAAAGAAGAAAAGUGCAGAAUUUCAUAAAAGAAAAAAAGUAUUUCCAAAUGAAUAUAUGGAAAGGAUAUUCAUUUAUAUGAGGUCUCUGAAGUGUUGAAGCUCAACAGAGACAUAUAGGCUUACAAAGCAAUCCUGACUCUCAAUGCUGCAGAGACUGUGAGUUCGGCCUGUUGCCAUGGUCACCUCCCUUGCCAAUCAUCUCAUGGCUCCUCCCACUGUGGGAAUAUCCACCAGCACUGGCUUGACGCCUUCACUCUCACCUGUUUCCAUUCCUGUCACGACAGAGCCCAUACGACACUGUCCAGUAUCAUUCAUCCAGACAUUUUUUAAAUGUUCAUUUAUUUACAAUGUAUUGGAUUUAUUUGAUUUGGAUUGAUCUGUCUUUGUACUGUCUGUACAGUAUAUGUGUCACUCAAGAUUUAAUCUUUGUUGCUCUCUCUCUCUCUCUCCCUCUCUCUCUCUCUCUCUCUCUCUCUGAGCACAUACGCACUGAUAUAAGGAUACCUUUGAUAUGCUGGUGGGGUAUGCAGUAUGCUUUAGUGCUGUAUAUUAAUGUAUGUAACGUUGCACAGCCCAUGGCAGUAGUACUCAGUGCCUAUUGUAUUUAAUGCCUUUUGCAGCUUUGUGUAUGAGCUCUCUUUUCAAGUCCCUCAGCUGAAGCCUCCCCAUACUAUAUUUUACUGCUUGGAAAAUUAAUAAUAAGGACAUAUGUAUAGGCCUACAAUAAUGACACUGAAAUGACUGGAAAAAGAAACUUUUCAAAUACACUUUAAUUGCAUCCUUCACAUACUGUACAUGACACUACUGUACAAGGUUUUCUACAGGCACAAUAUCAUGUAUCAUUCACAUGAUCACACUUGUUUUGACCACCACUGCAAUAAAUGACAUGAAUACAUAUACAUGCAUGUAUUUGUUUAUACCGUGUAGCCUAUGUUUUGUAAAUUUGUCAGACCCCAGUUUUUACCCUAAUUUGUUUGGUUCUACAGACACUGUUAAUGAAACUUAUGGAAUUUGCAUACUGGCAAUGUAAAAUUCAUCCUAGGUCCUUUUUUAUUUAUUUUAGGGUGUCUGUAGCACUAAUUAUGAGUAUCAGAUAUUCGUGUUAGUCCCUUAGGGAGGACAAGCCAAGGGCUUUGCCUUGCGCCCUUGCUAAUUAACAUACUGCAAACCUCCUCCUGAGAGAAAUCGAUCAUUUAUCAAGAAGACAUACAGAGGCAACUGAUUUUGCCACGCUAGUGGCCUGAAUAGUCUAGAAUCCAACACCGUGGCUUCAUCAGGGAUUGGGGGCGUCCUCCCUCUCACAUAAGCUAUAACUUUCUCUCUUGGUUCACAUGUCACCAUAGAGUGUAUAUCAUAUAGUUCAGUGGGUGCGUGGGUGUCACAGACAGGAGCUGAGGGUGCCAGCUAAUGUCAAUGUCAAUCUAGCUGGCUGUGUGUGCUGUGGCCUUUCUCACAAAGGUGAGUGACGAAAGUAGUUCUGGGUAACGUAGGAAAAUGACACACGGGAGCAGAUCCAGAAGAAGCCUGACAGGAUAGCAAGUGAAAAUACAUUACAUAUAUUGGAUUAUAAUAAACCCUGGAAUUAAUUGCACAUCACACGUUCACUAAAAAUGUAAGUGGCCUUGAAUUUUUCUUUAAUAUUAACGGUGAGGGUGGGAUGUACCUCAAAAUGAUCCUAUUUACUUCAACAUGCAGGAUUUAAAUGGGAUUAUGAAUACUAAGAGCAAUAGUUAAUCCACACAGUACCAUCCCCAGCACAGCUACCCUGGUUCCUGUUCUUUAUUUGGAAUCAGCAGAAGAAACAUCACUACUGCAAAAGGAAAACAUUUAUAAAGUCGAACCAGAUGAGGUUAAAAUGGAAUGUAUACUCACAAUGCCAUAAUGCUUAUUGGAUGUGCAUGAAUUAGGUUUAGCAUGUUGCUUGGUAAUGUUGCAAGAACAAUUACUGUAGGCUGCAUAAUACAUAAGGAUUCAAGACUGCGGUAAAUAUGAUACAUGUCAUCAGUAAUAUGGUACAAAACAACACAGUAGACUACCACGAUUUGAUUAUAUUGAAGUGUAAAUUUUCCCUUAAAUAAUGUAUCCUUGUCCAGAGAAACAUGUUUUUCUUAUGGCAAAUGAGCAUCUCAAUAUCAAUUAAUUAUAACAUGGUGUGUAAUAUGCAAUGUUAUUUUUACCCCUCUCUGCUGGCCACCAAGUGAACUAAAAAUGGCACUUUUUUGGACUGUUUCCCUUUCCAUGGAAUAACAGAAAACACACAGAGAUAGUAUUAAAGAUGACAACUUUUAUUUUAAAAACUGUAAACAGAAUGUUCAGAUUCAGAAUCACAUGUUUAUUGUAGUUCACUGUUCUGUUGGAUCUGCAUUUUCUAUGUAUAGUUCAUACGUAUACAUUUAUUUAAGUAAGCAAAAACGAACACAAUACGAAUUUGGCUCUUUAUCAAAUAAACACAAUCAAAGUUCAAUUAGAAAUUUAGGUUAUUUUUUAACACAAACGUGAAAAUCAUUUGAACAUUGAGAAGCUCAGGAUAAGCCAGUGGAUGAGCGAGAGUGUGCUGGAUCUUGACGCAGCCCCACUGUGUCAAAGCUCUGACGCCCUGCAUGGCUUUCCCUCCUGGUCUUAUGGUGGGGAUCCUAGCCAAAAAGGGCUCCCCCCACCCAGCAGAUCCUGGAACUCAUGCUUCCUGGUAGGACUUGACCAGAAGCCACAUGAGCAUCACGGUGAUUAAGACAAUCAUGAAGUUGAGGAAGAGUUCCUGCACGGACCGGUCCAUCUUGGCAGAGCGGGGGUGAUCAGAGGAGGCGAUAGGGUGGGUCUACUGUGAGACUCCGGUGUCACGCAAAACGACUGUUCUGACAGAAUCUGAGGGUAUAAACAAGAAACAGAAUCAAGACUUAAUGGGUGUGAACAGAUAUCUGGGCUGCUUAUCAUGUUUAAGGCUUUUAAUAUUAUGGUUGAAAUAACUCUCAGUCCUUUAUUUGAAUGUUUCUAGAAGCUUCCAUAUUUACAUUGGCAUACUGCGUAUGGAAAUGUACAGUAUAAAAUAGAAAGCAUUGUCAGUAGGCAUUGUGUCUAGGCAUGGUUGUUAUGCUAAUAAAAAUAUGAUACCAUUCGCUUACA